AUGCCUGAAGACACUCUCGAGACAGGGCUAUCCUCGCUGGGGGGUCACAGUCCACAGGCAGCACGUGAACCUGUGUGGAAGAAGGCGGUCAGGACACUCGCGGUCUACGUGGCAUCCCUGGUGACCCUUUUGGUCCUUGACAUCGUCUGGAUGAAGGGCAUUGCCCCUGCUCUGGGGGUGGAUUAUUUCGCUGUCAUUCAGGCAGUCCAAGGGAGUGAUGCCGCGGGACGGCCUAUUGGCCUCAUAGCCUACUUGAUAAUGGGCUACGCAGCUACUUUCCUGGCGUACAAUUGGGCAGAAUCCAUGCGCCUGGGCUUUGCCAUAUAUGGCAUCUUUGACUUCACUUCCACCUACAUGUACCACGGAUGGACCAUCAAGGUGGCCGUGCUAGAUACACUCUGGGGGACCAUCCUUUUCGCGCUGACGGGGCUGGUUCUGCAGCUUCUUCGACCUCGCCUGCACAGAAUCCUUUGA